AUGGGCAGUGCUUGGACAAACUACAAUUUUGAAGAGGUUAAGUCUCAUUUUGGGUUCAAAAAAUAUGUUGUAUCAUCUUUAGUACUAGUGUAUGGACUAAUUAAGGUUCUCACGUGGAUCUUCCGUCAAUGGGUGUAUUCCAGCUUGAAUCCGUUCUCCAAAAAAUCUUCAUUACUGAACAGAGCAGUUGCCUCCUGUGGUGAGAAGAAUGUGAAAGUUUUUGGUUUUUUUCAUCCGUAUUGUAAUGCUGGUGGUGGUGGGGAAAAAGUGCUCUGGAAAGCUGUAGAUAUCACUUUGAGAAAAGAUGCUAAGAACGUUAUUGUCAUUUAUUCAGGGGAUUUUGUGAAUGGAGAGAAUGUUACUCCGGAGAAUAUUCUAAAUAAUGUGAAAGCGAAGUUCGAUUACGACUUGGAUUCGGAUAGAAUAUUUUUCAUUUCAUUGAAGCUAAGAUACUUGGUGGAUUCUUCAACAUGGAAGCAUUUCACGUUGAUUGGACAAGCAAUUGGAUCAAUGAUUCUCGCAUUUGAAUCCAUUAUUCAGUGUCCACCUGAUAUAUGGAUUGAUACAAUGGGGUACCCUUUCAGCUAUCCUAUUAUUGCUAGGUUUUUGAGGAGAAUUCCUAUCGUCACAUAUACGCAUUAUCCGAUAAUGUCAAAAGACAUGUUAAAUAAGCUGUUCAAAAUGCCCAAGAAGGGUAUCAAAGUUUACGGUAAAAUAUUAUACUGGAAAGUUUUUAUGUUAAUUUAUCAAUCCAUUGGUUCUAAAAUUGAUAUUGUAAUCACAAACUCAACAUGGACAAAUAACCACAUAAAGCAAAUUUGGCAAUCCAAUACGUGUAAAAUUAUAUAUCCUCCAUGCUCUACUGAGAAAUUAGUAGAUUGGAAGCAAAAGUUUGGUACUGCAAAGGGUGAGAGAUUAAAUCAAGCAAUUGUGUUGGCACAAUUUCGUCCUGAGAAACGUCAUAAGUUAAUCAUUGAGUCCUUUGCAACUUUCUUGAAAAAUUUACCGGAUUCUGUAUCGCCAAUUAAAUUGAUAAUGGCGGGGUCCACUAGAUCCAAGCAAGAUGAAAAUUAUGUUAAAAGUUUACAAGACUGGUCAGAAAAUGUAUUAAAAAUUCCUAAACAUUUGAUAUCAUUCGAAAAAAAUCUGCCCUUCGAUAAGAUUGAAAUAUUACUAAACAAAUCUACUUUCGGUGUUAAUGCCAUGUGGAAUGAGCACUUUGGAAUUGCAGUUGUAGAGUAUAUGGCUUCCGGUUUGAUCCCCAUAGUUCAUGCCUCGGCGGGCCCAUUGUUAGAUAUAGUUACUCCAUGGGAUGCCAACGGGAAUAUCGGAAAAGCUCCACCACAAUGGGAGUUACAAAAGAAAUAUUUUGCAAAACUCGAAGAUGAUGGUGAAACUACUGGAUUUUUCUUUAAAGAGCCGAGUGAUCCUGAUUAUAACACAACCAAAGAUCCUCUGAGAUACCCUAAUUUGUCCGACCUUUUCUUACAAAUUACGAAACUGGACUAUGACUGCCUAAGGGUGAUGGGCGCAAGAAACCAGCAGUAUUCAUUGUAUAAAUUCUCUGAUUUGAAGUUUGAUAAAGAUUGGGAAAACUUUGUACUGAAUCCUAUUUGUAAAUUAUUAGAAGAGGAGGAAAGGGGCUGA